GCGAAUAUCCCGUUUUUCUAAAAUGGUGGCGUGUGGUCGUGGAAACUGCCGGUUGUUGUUUUAAGACCUGUAAUAUCACAACUUAGUCGCCGGGCUCUAAACUACAGGGAUCUUUGUUAUCAUUCGCGUGGCUUGUAACAAAAAAGAGUGUAGGUUUUAUGCCCAAACUGAGGAUUAUUUUGUCCAGCCUGAGGAUUAUUUUGUCCAGCCUGAGGAUUUGUGUCCAGAAACCUAUUAAACUUCAAACUGCAGUCUGUGAUGGCAAAGCGGAUUGCUGAGAAAGAGCUCACUGAUAGGAACUGGGAUCAGGAAGAUGAAGGAGAAGAGGCAGGAACGUUUUCAGUUGCAAGUGAGGAAGUGAUGAAAAACCGGGCCAUUAAGAAAGCCAAGCGUCGAAAUCUUGGAGCAGAUGGAGAGAAUGGAGGAGCUUUUAAAAGCUUUAAGGGUUUCUCUCUGACCCCGUCGGCUCCAGCGGCUGGAGGAGCUUUCUCCACAUUUGGAAACGGGGCUGGAUUUAAACACCUCUCUUUUUUGACCAACGGCAGCGCUGCAUCUGUCACCCCAACUUUUGGGGGUUUCAACACCCCUGCCACUGCCAAGUCCAACCCCGGCAUCUCAUCAUCCAAUGGCCCAGCCUCCUCCUCCUCCUCCAUAGAGAGUGGUGACAUCAUGCCCAACGGCUCCACCCCCAGCCUACCCGCAAUCUCUGGAGGAGGCAGCAGCAGUAAGGAGUACAACCGGCAGCUCACAGCUCUCAAUUGCUCUGUGCGUGACUGGAUCACCAAGCAUGUGAAUGACAACCCGCUGUGCGACCUCAACCCCAUCUUUCGCGACUAUGAGCGACACCUGGCCACCAUUGAGAGCAAGUACGGCAGUGGCGCAGUAGCAGGGGGGGAGCAGCAGCCAGGGAAACAGGCAAACACCACCACCAGCACGCUAUCAUCCUCCUCCUCCGGCAGUAAUGUCUCACCAGCCAUUCCUGCUUUGUUCUCCUUCACCAAGAACAAGGACAGUGCUGCUCCUGAGAAAAGCUCCGUUCCUGCAGAUGCUACUUUCAACUUUGGCCAGAAGGUGGACAGCUUGGUGCUGAGCUCCCUUAAGUCCGCAGGGGCUUCCGGGUUUUCGUUUUCUUCCACCUCCACCUCGUCCUCCACCACGUCUCUGUUCGGUGCAGCUAGCACCGGCACUUCUACAGGCACCUUCUCUUUCACUGCGGCCAAGAAUGAUGCAGCCAGCAACAACCAGCCAGCAGGUGAGAAUGGAGCCGAUGAAGAAUCGGAGGAGCCACCAGUACCCAUAGUCAAAGAAAUCAAGGAGAAAGAUGCCUUCUACUCUAAAAAGUGCAAACUGUUUUAUAAAAAGGAAAGCGAAUUCAAGGAGAAAGGAGUUGGUACCCUGCAUUUGAAACUGGUUUCAGAGGGCAAGCUGCAGCUCCUGGUGCGCGCGGACACAAACCUGGGUAACAUCCUGUUGAAUAUCAUGGUUCAUGCCUCCAUGCCGUGCACACGGACAGGGAAAAACAACGUCAUGGUGGUGUGUGUGCCAAAUCCCCCAGUGGACGACAAGAACCCCAGCACCCCUGUACCAAUGCUGAUCCGUGUUAAAACAGCAGAGGACGCUGAUGAACUACACAAACUUCUGCAGGAGAAGAAAGCGUGAGCUCCUCCUCCCUUUUAUAGACUCCCCCUCUCUCCCUAAUAUCGUACGUGUCAUUUAUUGCCUGAAUGUGGUUUGCACGGCUGUAUGACAUCACACACAUCACACACAACUAACUCAUUUUUAUCCUUGUCCAUUUGAGAGGUCUUGACCUGCAUGCCAGCAUACACAUUUUGUGAGCAUUGGCAACAAAUCGGUUCAGAUACUGUGAAAUCCUUUGCAUAAAUGCUGGUUGAAUUUGAUGGUUGCUUUUGAAUUUAAACAGUACAUUGUAGUUUCACCCGAAAGUAAAGUAAAGUGAAGAUGCAGGUUGUAAAAAGCCCACGUUCUGAGAAUUCCGUCAGGUUUUCAUUUUGCUGCUAUUAUUAAACAGAUAAGGGUGAAGCCAAGGAACUCUUUUUAUUUUUUAUUUCUUAUUAGUUUUUAAAUUAAUCUAUGAAUGUGUGCAGAUUAAGUAAAUUCAGUUUUAAAUAUGAAUUGGAGUUCAGCUUUGUACUUGGACCUACCUGUUAAUUUAGGGAAGAACUAAAAAGUGUUUGACUGGCUUAAUGCCUCUUAUUCCCAGAAAGAGAAUUAACUUGUAUUGGAAAUUUAUAAACUACAAAGAAACCUUUAUUUUCUUAAAAUUUGAAGUAUUUUUUAUUUUUUUUGCCAAUUAUUUGAUUGGAGGCAUGCAGGCAACUAGAUGUUAAUGUUUUAGCUUGUUUGAGGCCUGAAUAAAGUAUUUGUUUUUAUGUUUUGCUCAAGGUGUUUGCUGUAAUAGAUAUUUAUUCUGAACGAGUUCUCUGCUCCCGUAGAGUGCUUUGUGUAAAUGAGUCCUGUAAACUUUCCUCCAUAAACAGCAAAACAACAUCAAAACUACACCAUUAUUAAGACUGCAAGUAAACGAUCUUCUUCGUGCAUCUGUCUUAAAUGGAUCUUGGUUAAAGUUGUUUUUCUGGUUUUAAUUGGUUGUUUUUUGUUUUGUUUUUCUAAGUGACCUUUGUAACGCCUUAGAACACAAGGCAUGCGUUCAACAGCAGUAAAUACAUUUUGUAGCUUUGUUAACUGGCAAAUAAAUCAAGCUGAAAAAUA